GCAGCUAGCAAGUCGCUCGUCAAGAGUCACUUGUGUUACUCUCGACAAAAUAUCUUGUGCCUCUUGAAACCAGAAUGUUGGAGUUAAAAAUAAGAAGUUGCCGAAACAACUUAAGCAUCGUCUUUAACUACGAAAAACACUCCUACUGUGAGCGUGGUCGCCAUAUGUAGAGGCUGUGGCAGUGGUUGUAAACACGGUGGUUGUGAUUGUGGUUGCGAUAGCUGUUGUCGUAGUUGUUGUUGAGCAAAUGGAAUAAUCAGUGAGGAAAAACGUCUGUACGGAGUGAAAAGUGGCGACGAAAAUUUGCUCUCUUAUUUUGGAAGAUUUAAUCAACCUACCGAGCAAUUCAUGCCCGUUCUAUCUGUUUUCAGACUUUUAGACCUGAUUCCCUCCAACACCACCACCGCGACAAGAAUCUGUCGCCCAGGCCCCUAUCAUCGGACACGCCGCUCUCACAGGUCAGCGGAGAAGAAGUGUCUCAUCAUGGGUGACUCGAUCAGCAUUGGGUGCGGCGCCAUAUUUGUUGUUUACUAAAAUUAAUGAGUAAUUAUCUGGUUUGCAAAGUUUAAGAUAAUUAUACACAAAAGGACAAUAUACUUGGAAAUUUUUCCUAUGAGCUACAAUGGGCGACAAAAAUGGUUGAGACACUUUCAAAAAAUUAAAUGACACUUAGAGAUAUUUAACAUCUUAGUCUAUUUCAUAUGCAUCUAGCGAUGAUUCCCUAAUACUCUCCGCUCCCCAAUUCAAUGUUGGGUAGGUACUGUGGUCUGGGAUAAAAUUUUGCAAGACGCUCAGAAAUAGAAUUUGACAGUGAAGUGUCUAAAGACUUCUGUCGCUUAUUGCACUUUCCAUUAAAUGAUUUGUUCAAAAUAGAAUUUAAGGAUUAAAGAUGGUUUGUUGUUUGCGCUAAUCAGGUCGUACGUAGAGGACAUAAUUUCAGCUCAGACAUAACGUUUAGAUCUGAUAACCGAUAAACGUUUUUCACUACUCAUAUCCUUUUCUAAAUUCGACUUAUCCGAGUUAGGUCGAAGUUGAGGAUUUCCGACGAAGCCAUUGAACAUGCAAGCGAAAGAGCAACCAGUGAAACCAUAUAUUGUAAGGUACAAAAUGUACGCCUAUGCUAGUUCACCUUUAUUUUUUCGCAAAUUUUGAACCUUUACUGAUGGAUAGGAAAUUUGCUGCAGGCAUUUAUCAGAAUGGCUUUCGGAAAAUCCUUCGAUAACAAGUUUCUUUUGACACAUUUACCCAUCAUUUUUAAUUAUACUCGCCCUACGAACUCGCUUAUUCAGCAAUACUACACACCAAAAUUUUUCACUGAACAUUUGCAUUGCUUUCCUUGAUUAGUUAUCAGGAUUAUGUCGCUGAAAUGCUUGAGGGAGACUGUGUUGUGCACCACUCCCCUUGGGCUGGAGAUGGAGGAAGCCUGGAUACGCGCUAUAUAAUUCAGUGUCUACCACUGCUUCUAUCCUCGAGCGUUUACGAACCCGUUCAUUAUGACGCCAUCAUUUUCAAUGCUGGACUUCAUGAUGUUGACUGCUGCAAUUUUUCAAAAGAGGUAAACGAGCCCGGAGGUGGCAUCAUAACUGUAUUUCAUAGUCCUCAAUCAAGCCUUUCGACGGCCUCUUCAGGCAGUUUGGAGCAUACACUGCAUGAACGAAUCAAGAUUAUGACAGAUGGUAAGCGGGUAAAGGUUAUUGAUCUUUACAAGGUUAUCAAGAAUAGAUGUGAGGAACUCGGUACCAGGUGCAGCAUAUUUCUGGACGACCAGCCAAAUGUGCAUCUCAAAGGAAACGGUUACUGGUCUCUAGCUAAGGAAAUUGUUCGUGCAUUCAACAAACUGUUGAAGCACGCAAAGACAAGAAAGCAAAGAGAACUUGAAAACAUCCACAUUUUGACUUCGACAGAAUUCAAGCAGGAAAAAGCUCCUCCUAGUUCACUUUACUGCCUGCCAAAAACUCACAAACACAAACAGCAAAUAAGCAGCUUGACAGGUUGCCCUGGCAACACGACUUGCUGCCUUAACGAGUAUUCCCAUUCAUUCAUUGGCUGCUGCUUGUUAAAGGACGCAAUGGAUUGUGGGGACAGCUGGCACUGUUGCCCCAAGGGAACUGUCUGUGAUCCUGGCUGCACCGGAAGAGGUUGCGUAUGUCGCAAGGCACCUUGGGAAUCAAAAGCGUCAAGAGCUACUUUUUCUAUUUUGAUGAAAACGUUGAAUGAAUUUUGGAACAAGAUAGUUGCGAAAUAUCCUUCAUUCGAGAAAUCAUCAUCAUAAAAGCGCUUGUGCUGCUAGAUGGCGUACAUGGAAGUUACAUGGAAGUUUCGCCAGUACAGUGGUGAAAACGUAGUCACUUAAAAUUAACAAUCACAAAAGAAGUCGAGGCUGACGAAAUGUAUAUGUCAGAAAUAGGAUUAGGAUGACGAGAUAAGUGGGAAGUCAGUUUAGUUUGCCAAUUCUGCUCUGUGAACGCGAAUCUUUAUGUUUUGAAAUCUUCCAAUGUUACACGUAAGAAAAUGUAUGUGAAAAAAGAAAACCUUUGAAAAAUAUUUUCCAACUUUCCCACCGCAACAGCAUUUCGUACUUCAACUUUAAUAGUCUGAACUGGCAAUCGUUCGAAUUUCAUAAGAGUCUUCCCAAUCAUUUCUGUCAUCCAUUUCGUCCCACGACCAUAUUUGAUGAUUGACAUGGUCAGAUCAUGGGGUAGUUUAUGUAAAGGGCUCAUAUAGUUGCCCCUAUCUUGUAAUGGAAUCAGUGAUGCAAAUCACGGUGACCCAUGACACAUUUUCCCAAGUUCAAUUUUAGAUAGCGCAAAGCAAAAUAAAAUGAAAGGAAUUAGAGGAAGUACUACAAAUUUAAACAAUACAGUACCAACAAAUGAAUAUGGCUAAGACUUGAAAACAUAUAAAAGACAAAAUUUUUGUUUCCAAAACUGCACUAGACCAAGUUCAGGCUAACGUGCGAGGCAUGGAACUGAUUUGUUGAUCGAAUAAUAAGCUAAGAAUGCUACAUGAUGGUAAUUUUUGUAUAUAGUCCGGUUUUUUUUAUCUUUUUUUCCGGUUAGGAUCACGCAUGACAAAGGCACGGAUUUUACUCAUAACCUAACUUUCUAAAUUUGUAAAAUGUAGUUUUGCACCCACCUGUAAACAAAGUUAAUUGUUUCCCAUUUUCCUCAUAUACAUGUAUAAAGGUGAACACGUAGAAUAAUCAAUGAAAAUGAGGAGGUGGUCUUGCUUUCCUCAGGAGCAUUUUAUAAAUCACUUUUUGCAUAAAAACGAUCAUUUUUUCGUUUGCUUUUGUCACUUUUCUACAUCUGGAUUGCCUCUUGCAUGUCUGAAAAUGUCUAUAGGUUUUCAGGGCAUAGCUCCUUUUAGACUCAACAAAUAUUAGGCCUUGUUUUCAAAUCAGCGUGGUACAAGUACGGAUACCUGAAUAUCUUAAUAUAACAAACCACGUUGAUAACUUCACAUCUGUUAAUCGAGGUAGUACCGUGUAAUUAAUUAUUAGCAAUGAUAUGACGAAGUUAGGCAAAAUAUCAUUUGUCAGCGGCAAGCAGGUUAAUUAUUUGGCGAGGCCGAAGACUGACGAAAAUAAUUGAUCAGUGAGACACUGACAAAUCACGCUAUUUUGCGAUA